UCACGGUCAGGCCCAAGAUUAGGGGCAACAAGCACAACUUUACCUCAGGCUCCAGCACGAUAGAGAGAAGUCACGGGAUGAAGUCUGGAGGGGUUCGGGAAGGGUUAACAACAACGUCAAAUAAUAAUUUUGACCUUGGAACACACCAGACAUUACCCAAAGGUUUUAAGCAUAAUAAAGUCCCACCUCCAGUAAAACCAAAACCUUCUCCCUUAGUUAUACCUAACUCUGCCUAUAACGCUAAUAAUGAAUUUGGGGAAGUCAGCACGACACCAGAAAGCACAAGCACUGAUGGUAGCAAUCAAGAUUCAGUAAAUCCUCUCCCACUACCCCCUCGAGAUCGAACAAGACAAGCUGCACCCCUUACUAAACCCCGCCAUCAGAGAAAACACCCACUCAUCAUCCCUGGUGGCGUGACCAACUCUUUGCUCCGUGGGGGAGGUCACGUGCCAGCUUUAGCGAGUGUGAGUGACAAAAGUGAGCACACCGGCAGUCGGUUGGUCAUCCAGCAUACCCAUAAUCCCUUGCUGGAGACUCAUGGCACAGCUGCGGCAACUACAUCACCAGCUGAUGGAUUUACUAGCGAUGAGGCUACGAGCCCUUCUGGUCCUAGACUACCACCAGCCAAACCUCCUAGAUUAUUUACAAGUACGAGUGCCCUGGAUGACAGCUUUGAGAGUCAAGUGGCCAGUGAGAUGGAUGCCUUGGAUGACAUUCAGGAGGAAGAGCAAAGUCUCUCUCCUGUAGGUCCUCUACCUCCUCCCUUUCCUAACUCAGAUGCCUUCACUAACUCUUCUGACCCUCAUGUAACCACUAAUGGCUUUGGGGAGGGACCAGGAGGCGGCAGUGGGUCCCUUUACCAGUCUGGGGAUCAUGUGUCUUGUGAAGACCUGCUGGACUUUGCCAUGGACCGACCCAACUCGAGGCGGACACAGGGACCUGCCCGAGGCACUCAGUCAGACGAAGUCCACAUCAUGCAGAAAGUUCUCAAGAACGAGCAAGUUUCACCUGAAGAAUGUGUUGUGGCCCUGAAUGAAUGUGAGUGGGAUGUGCAUCGUGCCCUAAAGUUGGUACAUCUCCAGCUUCUCUUGAUUGUUCACCGGGUGCCCAUAGAAGUAGCUCGCCAUACACUGGCCUCCUUCUCUUGGGACGUGAGCAAAGCUGCCUCCUACCUGAUGGCCACAAGAGGAAGUGAUGAGGACACGGCACAAGUUUGAUCUGCUGUGUCACUAAUGAAAGUUAUCCCGGUGUAAUGAUGACGGUUCUUUUUUAUGUAACUUAAUUAUUCAUUUUUCUUUUCAUUUAGGGGGGAAUUUUCAUUUCUUUAAGGCGUAUGCUUACUCAAUUUGUGUAUUCUGUAA